GCAGAUGAUUAGUGGCGCAGGGCGCUAAAACGCGACAUUUUUGAAAACGCCGAGUCUUAUGUUAUUAUUUCUAAACUUUGUAAGCAAAGUGAAGCAAUUUGUGGGUACCGUGAUAGAGUUUAUGCUUCUCGGUAAGCAGCUUCAAUAGCUGGACUGGCUGUAUGGUAGAAGAAAACUGGUUUACUAGAGCGGCUCAAGGAAUGGACUGCAUGGACAGCACUCCUGCUGUGAACGGUAAAAUGAACGGGGACGCGUCCGCGGGCCCGCGGGCUCGGCCGGCCGGGGACGCGCCUCCCAGCCGCGCGGGUGGAGACGCCGACACCCACCCGGCCCCGGCCCCGCCCCCGCCCGCCCAGCCGCCGGCGCCGCCCAUACUGGACGUGGAGAUUGUGCUGAAGCUCGGCUGCGCCACCGACCGGGCGCGCAUCUGCAAGCACGCGCGUGAGUUUCUGACGUCGCUGCGCACGGUGACCACGUGUACCACCUACAUGAGUCUGGGCGAGAAGCUGAGCGCCAGCGCGGCCGAGGUGGCUGUGUUCGACCGGACCGGGUCGCAGGAGAGCCGCUGCUACACGGUGUCCGAGUGCCAGCUGGUGUGCCACCCGCACCGGCUGGAGGAGUCCGGCCCGGAGGUGGAGGAGGUGGAGGACGAGGCCGGAGACAUGCCGGCCGCCACCCAGUGGAUCCUGCCCAGCCGAGACUUCCACGGACUCUGGGACUCGCUCAUCUACGAGACCAACAUCAAACAGCAGCUGCUCAACUUUGUGUCCACCACGCUACUCUUCUCCGACAAGGGAGUCAACGGCAACGUGAUCUCGUGGAACCGCGUGGUGCUGCUGCACGGGCCGCCCGGCACCGGCAAGACCUCGCUGUGUAAGGCGCUGGCGCAGAAGCUGGCCAUCCGAAUGUCGGACCGCUACGCGUACGGUCAGCUGAUCGAGAUCAACAGUCACAGUCUGUUCUCCAAGUGGUUCUCCGAGAGCGGGAAGCUGGUGCAGAAGAUGUUCACCAAGAUCCAGGAGCUGAUCGACGACCCGAAGGCGCUGGUGUGCGUGCUGAUUGACGAGGUGGAGUCUCUGACGGCGGCGCGGCGGGCCUCCUCGUCCAGCGCCGAGCCGAGCGACGCCAUCCGCGUGGUGAACGCGCUGCUCACACAGAUCGACCAGAUCAAACGCUUCCCGAACGUGCUCAUCCUGACGACGUCCAACAUCACGGGCGCCAUCGACCUGGCCUUCGUCGACCGCGCCGACAUCAAGCAGUUCAUCGACCUGCCCUCACCGGCGGCCAUCUACAAGAUCUACCGCUCCUGCGUGGAGGAGCUGGUGCGCACGCGCAUCAUCUCCUCGGCCGAGAAGCUGUUCAGUCUGCACAACCUGGAGCUGACGCAGUACGUGGGUAACGCGGCCACGCAGAGCAGCCUGCGGCUGUGGCAGAUCGCGCAGGCCAGCCGCGGCCUCAGCGGGCGCACGCUGCGCAAGCUGCCGUUCCUGGCGCACGCGCUGUUCAUCACCACACCGUCGGCCACCAUGUGCGAGUUCCUGUCGGCGCUGGAGGCGGCCGUGGCCAAACAGUUCCAGGACAGGACUGAGCUCAGCAACAGCUGAACGGACACUUAUGUGUUCAGUGGCGUGCCGGGGUGUGCGGCGUCCACGGUCGCUGCUUCAGCGGGCGCGGCCCACACUCUGUGAGGACGCCUAACGACCGUCCGACGAGAGAGGUAGGUGACAGUGAGUGGUGUGUCGAACAGUGUGCGUGGUGGCUGGUGCUGCGUGUAGACCGGGGGUGGGGGGGGGGGGGGCUGUGGAGCAGUGUGUCUAGCACUCAGUGCGCUCGCUGCUGUAUGCGGACGGGAGAGGGAUGUCAGUAACUGGUGUGGUGAGGUGUGCAGCAGUGCACUGGGUGCUGUAUGCGGACGGGGGAGGGAUGUCAGUGACUGGUGUGGUGAGGCGUGCAGCAGUGCACUGGGUGCUGUUUGUAUACGGGGGAGGGAUGUCAGAUGUGGUGAGGUAUGCAGCAGUGCACUGGGUGCUGUAUGUAUAUGGGUGAGGGAUGUCAGGUGUGGUGAGGUAUGCCGAAGUGCACGGGGUGCUGUAUGUAUACUGAGGGGUGAGGGUUGUCAGUAGAUAGUGUUCGGCGUGGUGAGGUGUGCGGUACUGUGUUAGGGGCUCUAUGCGGACAGGGGGGGGGGGAUUAAUGUCAGUGGACAUUGAUGUGUGCUUGACAGUGCGCUCUGCGCUACAACCUACAGCCGGUGGCCGGUGGUGUCAGGUGACUGAAUGUGUGCCCAGUCACAUUCAAAACCUAGCCAACUCACGGGUGUUAGCGAUAUACAUAUGUGGUUUAACUAGACUUGUUACCUAACCAAGUGCUUUUGCCUGCAUAAUGCAUUUACCUCACAAAUCAGUCGCCUGUUACGAUGUUGUCAGCUCGUCAUGACUGACUUUGUGAUGGGCGCUAAAUUUGAUCUCUUGUAUGGGCCAAAUUAGAUGUAUCAUGAGCAAAUUAAAUAGGAGGUGAUAUUUUUAUACCAACACUGCCAAUCGUAGCCCGUGUGUAAACUGCUGUGCGCUGCACAGCUACGCGUACUAGAGUUAAAUUUCUGCAUAAUGUGAGGUCAUGAAGUACAUGAGGUUAGUACAUGAGGUAGUAGGCCAAAACCGCAACGAGUUAGUACUUAACUUAAUUGUGAAUGCGGGAACGUUGAAGAUCCGAUGCGAUGGUCUAUUGAAUCGAUUGUUCGUCUGGUUGAAGCAAUACAUUAUAGCAGUUA